AUGACACGGCUAUUUUCGCCAUUAUUAUUACUGAGUCUACUGGCUGCUCUUCCCGCACAAGCCCUAAAUGUUCCUUCAGGGUUUCGACGCCCUUCAAAGCAUGAUACAAAUAACCCGAUUCUCCUUCAACAUCAACAACAACAACAACAACAACAGGCACCACUCCAAGACACUUCAGCUAAUAAAAACGCUCAUAAAAACGGCAUUUAUGUUCCAGAACGACCCAUAUUUGGUCGCUUUUUGGUCAUUACAGACAUUCAUCCUGAUCCUCUCUACGAAGCACACGCAGACCCAGAUACAUGCUGCCACCGUGGGUCUAAUAAAAAGGAACACCCACUCUCCACAGGCAAAUAUGGGUUGCCUGUGUCUCCAUGCGACUCGCCAAUUCACUUAGUUAAUGACACACUGCACUGGAUUAAGGCCAAUUUACACGACUCCAUUGAUUUCAUUGUGUGGAUGGGCGACAAUGUACGACACGACCGCGAUAGAUACAACCCGCGUUCGGAGCCCGAAAUUUUUGCAGCUAAUGAAAAUGUGGUGAAUCUUUUUAAGAACGCUUUUGGAACUGACAACCCAUACACGCCAUACGAAAUCCCCAUUAUACCCAACAUUGGAAACAACGAUGUUUACCCGCAUAACCUCGUUGUCGAGGGUCCUACACUUCAAUCCCGAGAAUUUUACCGCAUUUAUUAUGAAAUGGUCCCACCCAGUCAGGUGCACACCUUUAACCGUGGAAUGUACUUCAUGACCGAAGUUAUUCCUGGGAAACUUGCAGUCAUUUCCAUCAACACGCUCUACUGGUUUGAAACAAACCCCAUUGUGGAUGGAUGCGACCGUAAAAAGGACCCUGGUGCACUCCAGUUUAGAUGGCUGGCCAUAACUCUUAAGGAGCUGCGCGCGCGCGGAAUGAAGGUUUGGUUCAGUGGCCAUGUCCCACCAACAUCUUCUUGGGAACCCACAUGCUUGAGCCGGUACUCGGCUUGGCUUCAUGAAUAUCGCGAUGUUAUUAUUGGUGGCCUUUACGGACAUAUGAACAUUGAUCACUUCAUUUUCCAUGAUGUUCGAGAUGCCUACCGCGAAAAGCGAAAGGAAGGUGUGGCAAUUACUCACCAUGAUGUCCCCAUUGAUCCCAACCCACACAAAAAACUUGAAAAGCUGAAUGCGCGCCAAAAGAAACUUGUUCACCAGUUUUCUCGUGAGCGUGACCCUAUGAUGACCAUAAAUGAUAAACAAGAAUAUUUCAACAAUUUACGUUUGUUCUACGAAGACAUUUACCUGGGUCAUGAGGUUGACACAAACAUUGGCGUUUCUCAUAUUCAUACCUCAAUUAUUCCCACAUAUUUCCCAGGAUUCCGUAUUUAUGAGUAUGACAUUAAUGGACUCGAAGAUGCAACUCCCCCAUCAACAUAUGCCAACGGACAGCCGUUUAGACCUUGGAGUGAAAUCUUUGAUGCAACAGAGGCCUAUUUACAGCAUGUUAAGCACCUCAGUUAUGAGGACUUGGAUGAAUUAGACAUUAAAGCUGAAUCUAGCGCCAGCAGUGCGUUUGAUUUGCUUCAAUUGGCCGAAGAACAAGAUGAAAUGUCUGCUAUGAAAAAGAAGAAAGGCAAAAAGGGAAAGAAGGGCAAAAAGGGCGGUAAAAGGAUAGUUGAUCCUACAUGGCCCCCUGAAUACUUGGAAGUUGAGAGUGGUCCCGCCUACAAGCGCCAGCUUUUCACACCUCUGAGCUAUACCCAAUAUUUUUUAAAUAUGACACGGAUAAACAUUGCUGAGGAGGAUUUUUCGUACGAGGUGGAGUACGAGACUAGCAAGGCACCAUACAACAUGUCGAGCCUAAUGGCCAAGGACUGGAUCAAGCUUGCUGGAGACUUGACUACAACUGAAUUUACUUCUGCAAGCAGCAGUUAUGAGCUCUGGAAGUUAUACUUACACUAUGCCUUUGCAAGCAGUUCAUUUGAAGUUGAUCUCUAA